CCUCCUGCCCUGUGGAUGACCCUAGGAGAUGACAAUGAAUGAGGUGAAAGAGUCCCUCCGCAACAUUGAACAGAAGUACAAGCUCUUCCAGCAGCAGCAGUUCACGUUCAUCGCAGCUCUGGAGCACUGCCGGGAGACCGCUCAUGACAAGAUCCGGCCCAUUGCCAGCAUCGAACAGGUACAGAGCUACAUGGACCAUUACUGCAAUAGUUCCACAGACCGGCGGGUGCUGCUCAUGUUCCUAGACAUCUGCUCUGAGCUGAACAAGCUCUGCCAGCACUUCGAGAACCUACACUCGGGCACCCCAGUCACCAACAACCUCCUCGAGAAGUGUAAAACCCUGGUUAGCCAGAGCAACGACCUGAGCUGCCUCAGAGCAAAGUACCCGCACGACGUGGUGAACCACCUCAGCUGUGAUGAGGCCAGGAACCACUACGGGGGCGUGGUCAGCCUCAUCCCCAUCAUCCUGGACCUGAUGAAAGAAUGGAUCGCCCACACAGAGAAGCUGCCCCGCAAAGUGCUGCAGCACGUGAGUGCGACCCUGUCUCACCAGGAAGCCACUGCGGGAGCCACUCAGCUUGUGCGGACCUCAGACACCCAGUUAAGGAAACAGGAGAAACAGGAGUGUAGGCAACUGGCAAAAGACAGCUUCAAACCUAGAGGGACUAAAGAUGAAGGACAUUCAAAGCCCCCCUGGAGGCCCCCUGGUGGGAAACUAACUCAAAGCCAGGGACCUGCUCCACCAGUCAAGUAAUAUGGUUGAUCCAUUCUCAUUAGCACUUAGCCCACGCUAUAAACCCCAAAGGGGGAUGAUACAUUGUUGAGAAUUUCCUGCUUUCACUUCUAACUUUUCUGUAAGCUCUGAGCUGGCUGGAGUGUCCCCAACUCCAUGAAUUGCCCGAAUAGGACGUUGGUAGAGGGUAUCUCUGAGGAAGG